AUGGAAGUUGUUGCUGGAAAUAAGCAUCAUCAGGUGCUUAUAUUUGUGCAUUCAAGGGAUGAAACAAGAAACACUGCAUGUGGAAUUAGACACACUUCUCUUGCUAAUGACACACUCGGAAUCUUUUUAAAAGAAGAUAGUGAAAGUCGUGAGAUUCUCCAUCAACACACUGAGGUAGCGAAGAGCAAUGAUCUUAAGGAUCUGUUGCCAUAUGGCGUUGCAAUUCAUCAUGCAGAAAUGUGUAUUCCUGAUCUUCAACUUGUUGAGAAACUAUUUGCUGAUGGACACAUUAAAGUACUGGUUUCCACAGCUACUCUUUCAUGGAGUGUGAACUUGCCUUAUUCCCACACUGUGAUUAUUAAAGGAACUCAGAUUUAUAACCCAGAAAAAGAAGCAUGCACAGAGCUUGGUUCUCUAGAUGUAAUGCAGAUGUUGAGACGUGCUUAUGGUGAAGGGAUCAUUAUAACUGAACAUAGUCGGCUGCAGUAUUAUUUUUCACUCAUGAAUCAACAGCUUCCUAUUGAAAGUCAGUUUGUGUCCAAAUUGGCUGAUCACUUGAAUGCAGAAAUAGUUUUUGGAACUGUGAAGAAUGCAAUAGAAGCAAUCGAGUGGCUUGGUUACACUUAUUUAUACAUCCGUAUGGUGCUUAUUUAUACAUCCGUAUGGUGCGCAAUCCUACACUUUAUGGUUUAUCAGAUGAUGCUCUCACAAGAGAUGUUCUACUGGUGGAUAGGAGAGCUAAUCUGGUUCAUUCUGCUGCCACAAUACUGGAUAAAAACAAUCUGGAGUAGUUUUUCUGUUGAUGUGAAACUCAAAGUUGGAGCAGGAGCAGGAGAUGAUGGCGAUAGAAGAGAUUGA